AGUAAAUCUCGGAUGCAUAACGAAUGCUUAAUUUUAUUUUAUUUUUUAAAAAAAAAAAAAGAAAAAGAGAAAGGAGAAGAAUCUUCUUCCCAUUGCUUAUAUAAAACCUUCUCGUUGAAACCCAAAGAAACCACACACUCAGUAAAACAAACCAAAACAAAAAAUGGUGUUUUCCACUUACCUAAACUCUCUGGCCAAAACACCUCAAAUGCUAAAGAAAAGAAUGCUAGCAACAUGGACACCAGACCAAGAACUCAACAAAGUGAGGCUAAGGUCUGGUGCUGACAUGAAGAGAAAACUAACAUGUUAUGAUUUAGUAGCACUUGGCGUUGGAGGAAUGCUUGGGGUUGGAGUGUUUGUUACCACUGGCCCUGUUGCCCGUAAAACCUCUGGCCCUUCUGUUUUCAUCUCUUACAUAAUUGCUGCCAUAUCAGCCCUUCUUUCUUCCUUGUGCUAUACUGAGUUCUCUGUUGAUAUCCCUGUUGCUGGUGGUGCCUUCAGUUAUCUUCGAGUUACCUUUGGAGAGUUUGUGGGAUACUUUGCAGGAGCAAAUAUAUUAAUGGAAUAUGUGUUGUCAAAUGCUGCUGUUUCAAGAAGUUUUACGGAGUAUUUGUCUUGUGCGUUUGGUAGGAAUGAUCCAAAUUCAUGGAGAGUCCAUGUACAUGGUCUAAUGCAAGGUUACAACAUGUUGGAUUUCCCUGCCGUUGCACUGAUUAUUGUCCUUACUAUUUGCUUGUGUCAUAGCACUAAGGAAAGCUCAAUGUUGAACCUGAUAAUGACAGCCUUCCAUGUGGUUUUCUUUGGAUUUAUAAUAAUUGCUGGCUUUUGCAAUGGAAAAGUUGAAAACUUAGUAAAGCCAGGAGGGAUAGCUCCUUAUGGUGUAAGCGGGAUUCUUGAUGGAGCAGCCAUAGUUUACUUCAGUUAUAUUGGAUAUGACACAGUGUCCACCAUGGCUGAAGAAAUAAAAAACCCUUCCAAGACUCUACCUGUUGGAAUUGUUGGCUCAGUCCUCAUUGUCUCUGCCCUAUAUUGCCUCAUGGCUUUAGCUUUGUGCCUUUUGCUACCUUAUAAUAUGAUCCCAGAAGGAGCAUCAUUUUCAGCAGUUUUCCAGCAGAUGGGGUGGAAGUGGGCAAGCAAUGUAGUAGGGGCUGGUGCAAGCUUGGGUAUUGUGGCAUCUCUAUUAGUAGCCAUGCUUGGACAAGCAAGGUACCUUUGUGUCAUUGGGAGGGCUAGACUUGUGCCUUCUUGGUUUGCCAAAGUACAUCCUACAACUGGUACUCCAUUAAAUGCCACUAUCGUCUUAGGUAUUUGCCAAGCAGCAAUUGCACUAUUCACAGAGCUUGAUAUUGUGAUAGAGAUGAUCUCCAUUGGCACAUUACUAGUGUUCUACUUAGUGUCCAAUGCACUUAUAUUCCGUAGAUAUGUAAUCCUUAGCAAGAAUCCACCACAUCACACUCUCUCCUUCCUCUUCCUCCUUUCAUGCACCUCUUUUGCAUUCUCUUUAGCAUGGAAAUUCAAACAACAUUGGUGGAAUCUCUUGUUAUUCGCGGGCCUUACAAUUUCCGCUACAAUCAUUUUCCAGUAUUUGGUCCCUCUGGCCGUUAUGGAACGACCAGAAAGUUGGUUGGUCCCCUUCAUGCCAUGGCCUGCUACAAUAUCCAUUUUCCUUAAUGUUUUCCUCAUGACAACUUUGAAAAUGGUGGCAUACAAAAGAUUUGGGAUAUGGGCUUUUGUGAUAACAUUGUUUUAUGUACUUUAUGGUGUCCACUCAACAUAUCAUGCAGAAGAAAUAAUGGAGAUGGUAGUUGUUGAUAAUGUGAACACCAAUUCCACCAAACAAGAAGUUACUAAGGUCGAUAUCCAACUUCUUUAAUAUAAACUAGUACAAGAUUUCAUUGAGGCUAUUUCAUUGCCUAAGCAUGUUAGUGCUCUAUACAGUAAAUAAUGAAAUAUUUACUGGACUGGGUAAGGUGGAAUGUCCCCCCCGUCGUGUAUAUGUAUUUGGUUAUGAUAUAAAGGAAGACGUCACCAUGUGGCAUGUACCAAAAAAAAAAAAAAAAGACGCUACCUGAAGCAUAAUUGUUUUUUAAAAAAAUAUCCAGUAAAUAACGACAAGCAUCAUUUUUUUACUGACAAUUGAAGUCUAACCAUGUUGAAGAAGAGAGUUCAAAUGCCUAUUAUCUCCAAUCAUAUGCUGUUAACAAAUUAAAGCUAGCAUUCUUACUACAAAUUCAGUAAUUCAAGUGUAAUAAACAACAGCCACUAUCUAUAUAUACCUUUCUCAGC